AUGUCUUCUCUUCCUCAGCUCACUAACGUCAACGGAGUCAAGGCUGACCCAAAAUUAUUAAGAGACCCUUCGGCCUUGGAAUCUAUCUCUUCUGUUAUAUCUGGUUGGUCUUCUUAUGUGGCGCAUUCUCUUCCGAAUUCCAUUGCCUCUUUACGUAAAAUUUCUACAAACUCCACAAAUGACUAUCAACCGCCUAUAAAUUAUUAUCCGGAUUAUUUGCCACAUCAAUUAACCAACGAUAUGAGUUCUCAAUCGUUUCCUAUACCUGAUGGACUUUUUGAUAAAAAAAAAGAUGUGAUCUUAUACGCAGCAUUUGAUGAAAUUAUAACUUCUGCUUCUAAUACUCAUAAUUGCGAAAAAAACCAGUCGGUUCUACUGUUAGGUUAUCCCGACGGAUUUCAGAUAUGGAAUGUAUCAGAUAUUGAUAAUAUUCAUGAGCUCAUGUCUAUCAGAGAUGAGGAAAAUAUUGGGCAGGUCACGUGCAUAAAGUCAAUAUGUAAUCCGCGUAAUUCAUCUAAAAAUCUUCGCGAUAAAUUUGCGGAUGUUCGUCCGUUGAUCUGCUUAGUUUGUACACCGAUACCGCAGAGAGAGAAUGGCCAUCAGGACAUGUUCACAAAACCGAAAAGUGUGUUAAAAUUCUUUUCUCUAAAAACCAAUCAAAUUGUAAAGGCGUUAGACCUUGAGAAUGAGGGUAGCGUUGUUAGCGUGAAUUGUAAUGAACGAGCCAUCGUUGUGAGUCUCACUAAUCCACCAAGACUUCAUAUUCUCUCACCUUUAACACUGGCUCCAUUGUUUCUUUCACCAUUACAAGAUGUUGCGAUACAUCCUUCUUCUCGAGCUCCAAUAUUCGCAUUAGGACCUCGCCUGUUGGCUUAUUCAACAACAAGUUAUCCUCCAGAAAUUGAUGCCAAUAUGGAUGGUUAUGCGGUGAAUGAAAGUGAUGGCGUGCUAGGAACAACUGGAAAAUAUCAAGAGGUUGCCAAAGGUGUUGCAAAAGAAGUUGUUAAUGGCGUAAAAUUUUUAGGCGACUAUGGAUAUCAAACCUUCUCUGCAUAUUUUACCAACCCAAAUUCACAGGUUGCUACAAUGCCAAUAAAUAUUAAAAAUCAUGCAGGUUCAAUUAGUCCCGCUUCACGUGGUUCAUUCUCUCCACAAGAUAGUCCAUCUAAUGGAUAUUAUUGCAAUUUAAAGGGCGGUAUGAAUAAUGGUAAUGGUGAAAGUGGCAACAUGGCAGGCUUAAAUAGUAUCAAUGGUUAUGAAAAUGAUAAAGAAAAUGGUGCUAUAGGAACGGUCAUUAUAUGCGAUUUGGACACUUCAUGUAGCGUACAAAAAAAGCAACCUAGUAUUAUUGCUCAUUUUUCUCCACACACACAUCCCGUUGGACAUUUAUCAUUCAAUCCUACGGGAUCCUUUUUGUUUUCAACAUCGGUUCAAGGCCACCAAUUUCAUAUAUUCGAAAUUGUUGGUAAACGUCGCCAAAGCAGAAGUAAUAAAAAUUUAAAGCAUGUGUACCAACUAUCUAGAGGUUAUACUAAUGCUAGUGUUAAUGAUGGAGGUGUGGGUUGGAGUGGUGAUUCCAGGUGGUGUGCAGUCGCUAGUGGACGAGGAACCAUUCAUGUGUUUGCGAUAAACCCCUAUGGUGGUCCUACACAUGUACCUUCGCAUAUAAGAGGAUGGGUUAAUAAUGUAGAUGAAUUAUAUAAAUCAACUACGCAAUCACCUGUGGUCCGUAUUAAGACUCGGACCCCAUUACCAUCAGAUUCAUCAGACGUUAAUGUUGCUUCACAAGGCUCAAACAUUUAUUUUAAUAAGCCUUAUGAACAUUAUUCAUUAUCGUCUACUGAUGCUAAUGUUCCUCCAAUUGAUCAGUCACGUCGCCAAAGUCAAUAUAAUGGAAAUCUGAAUAAUUUUCAUUCGCAAUAUAAUGGACAACCAUAUCCAACAUUUCAUUAUAGCACAUUCCCUACACAUUACUUGAGAAAACCUCCAGGAAUGUGUGUUAAAUUCUUACCUUCUAUGUAUAAUAAUUCUAAAUCGGGAUUAAACGCAAACUUACAUGCUAAAAGGCAAGCUAAAAGGAGAUCAUCUCCAAAUGUUGUAACAGAAGGAGUUACGUCAAAUGGCACUUCUACGGGAAGAUCAGGUCGUAGAAGAACUCAAUCGUGGUCACAAAAUUCUAUAAACAAUUCUCACUCUAAUUAUCUUGGGGUUGAAACUCGGGAUAACAAAUUAGAUGAUAUUGGAUAUCAAGAUUUGUUGAGUUUUAACCCUGCUGGUAUAUUAACAUUACAUCGUCUGUGGAUGGAGAAAACAGUUGUUGAAGAAACUCCUAGUCAAGGAGCAAAAGAUGAAAUAAAUAAUAAUAACUUAAUUACUCUCGCUGGUACUCAAUUAUCAGGAAGUGCUGCUACUGUCGCAAAUGUUGGUAGAGCGUUGGUAGGUGGCGCUGCAGGUGUUGUGGGUAUAGGUAUGGGAAUUGCUGGUGCUGUUAAAAAAGAAUUAGGAACUUUAGACAUGGUAUCCAAUUAUGAAGAUAUUGCCGAGUGGCAACUAAUUCGUAAUAAUUCUUGGGCCGAAGUGAAAAAUAUCAUUGAGGCUCCAAAGAAAUGCGCUGAAAGUGAAAGCUCGGCUAAACGAGAUGGAAAAAAAUGGCUUGCAAAUGCUGAAAUUGCAACCCAUACUAGUUCAAAAUUUUCUUUACCUCCACCAUUAUGGGCAACUCCUCAAUUUUCAUUUCAGGUAUUUUUACCUGGUUAUAAAGAUGCUAUAAACAAAGGGGAAGUACCUCGCUCGAAGAAGAUUGAAAUACGAAGGGAUAUUGUAGAAAGUGUAGAACUUGUUAACGAAGCUAAUAAUGAUGAAUUUGGUGUUAAAGGGUGGAUGAAUGAAGAAAACAAAUCUAACCACAAUAAAGGCAAGAUCAGCAAAGCGGUUCUUGUUCCAGCGGGUAAAGCAAUCGGCAGAGGAGCUGGAGAUAUGUCUGUAAAUCUAUCGACGGCAAUGACUACGUCACUUGAUUUUACACCGUCUAGCCCAACUCUUUCUGCAUUUAGCACUAAAUCUAAAGAUCGCAUGUCGAAUGGUUUCUCCAAUGGUCACACACAGCAGACCGUUGGUGAUACAUCUAUAACACCAUUAUCUUUUGAAGAUGCUUAUCACAUCCACAUUGGAAACAAUAUUCCUUCUAUAACAGCGUCAUCUACAUCAUCACCAAAAUUUAAUAAAAAUAACUCAUCAUUAGGAUUUUCACCACUUUCAUCAAACAUGGUGGCAAACGAUUCUACCUUUGAACAGCGGUCAUCUCCAUUUACACGAUCAUUCUCGUCAUCAUCUAUAGCUUCUGACAUCACUUAUAAUGACGAAGCUGAUGAAUUUGUAAAAGGACAUGAUCGUGGAAUAGAUGAUUCAAACGAAGGUGGAAAUUUCUUUUUUUCGCCUGAUGGCGAUAAUGAGGUGGAUUUACCCAGUGACAGUGUGAUUGGGUUGCAUCGUAAUGGUGCUAAUGGAGAAAAUAAGCCCGCUAAUUGGUGGGUAUAA